AGCAGCCAUGUCAAGUGAAAAAAAAGCUAUGUAAACUAAUUGCAGUGAAGAAGGGGCCGUUAUUUCGAGAUAUGCAGUGUUAAAGUCAGCGGGUUUUUUUUAUAAAUGACAGUCGGCUUUGUACCUAAUUUAGGCGCUGUUGAAGGUGGUCAGCAUUAUGUUUCUUUUAUGCGGAUAAUAACAUUACUGGGACAGAACGGAAUAAUCAAACUGAACCUGCUUCGCGUUUUAUAUGUGAGCCAGUAGUUCGUGCUGGAGAAAACGAGCCAAUGAUGUCAGGAAAGCAUUACAAGGGUCAAGAAGUCAGCUGCUGCAUUAAAUAUUUCAUAUUUGGAUUUAACAUAAUAUUUUGGUUGCUUGGAGUGGCUUUCCUUGGAAUCGGACUGUGGGCAUGGAGUGAGAAGGGAGUUCUCUCAAAUAUCUCCUCCAUCACAGAUCUGGGUGGAUUUGACCCAGUGUGGUUGUUUUUGGUGGUGGGAGGGGUGAUGUUCAUCCUGGGUUUUGCAGGCUGUAUCGGGGCCCUGAGGGAAAACACCUUACUGCUAAAAUUUUUUUCUGUGUUUCUGGGGAUAAUCUUCUUUCUGGAGCUGACUGCUGGUGUCCUGGCCUUUGUCUUUAAAGACUGGAUUAAAGAUCAGCUCAACUUUUUCAUCAACAACAACAUACGAGCCUACAGAGAUGACAUUGAUUUGCAGAACCUCAUCGACUUCACUCAGGAAUAUUGGGAAUGUUGUGGGGCGUUUGGAGCAGAUGACUGGAACCUUAACAUCUACUUCAAUUGCACAGACAGCAACCCCAGCCGAGAAAAAUGUGGCGUGCCCUUCUCUUGUUGCACCAAAGACCCAGCGGAGGAUGUUAUCAACACACAGUGUGGGUAUGAUGUUCGGGCAAAAACAGAUGCAGAACAGAAGGCAUACAUUCAUGUCAAAGGCUGUGUGCCGCAGUUUGAGAAAUGGCUACAGGACAACCUGACAAUAGUGGCUGGGAUCUUCAUAGGAGUCGCUCUGCUGCAGAUAUUUGGAAUAUGCCUUGCACAGAAUUUAGUCAGCGAUAUUGAAGCUGUGAGAGCCAGCUGGGUGCCGCCCCCCUCUUACGUCGUCCGCCGCCCCCCGUCCCACUCCAGCAAGAAAGCCUCGGCGUACUCCUGAGGGAGGCGCACAUGUGCGCGUUCGUCUGUUUGUUCACAUGAAGUGGCAGCUAGUCGUUCAGACACUCACAGGCCUACGCCAGCUUGAUGAAGGUAGCGGAUGAACACAAGAUGCCAAGUGCACUGGGUCGUGUGUGUGUGUUUGUGUGCACCAUAACCUUUUACCAUCUCUAAAUAGUGCUGUUUUUUCUAGAGUUUUAUGUGUAAAACGCGUGUAAUACAUGUGAGAAAAAGUGUGUGGUUGCGUUGACAGACAAUUUUCCGCCAUUUGCCGAAUUUUAAAAUCAUUACAAAAAGCAUAAUUCAAAAGAUAACACUGUCAGAAAACUGGCCAGGGAGUCACCAAUGUCCAGUGCGCUUCCUAAAAAAUUCCCACAAUGCACCGUAAAACCGGUGAGCACUGCUGCUCAUGUUCCCUUAUGCCACAUAAACAAAUUAGUUUAUUUUUGCAUAAUGACUUUAUAUUGAGUUACACUUUAAGCUACACUUUAAUGCAUAUGCAUGUUUUCCAUACAAAGUAAAGAAUUAACGUGAUUGGUUACUUCAGUUAUCAGUUAUGCAAUAAUGCGACACAUUUUCUUCUGCUUACAGAACUAAUAAAGGGAACCUACCUGUUUCACCAGACUUACUUCAAAAGAUUAAUAUACCGUGAUAAUGAUAAUGAUAACAGAAUGCCAUAUGUGUUAACUGGUUACUUCUUAAGGCACCUUAAGUUUACUUGAUUAUCCAUACAUCUUUUUUUUUUUAAAGAAAAAUCAUGUUAAAAUGUAAGUAUCAAAUAUGAUCCAUCAGGCUUUUGAGGAAGGUUUAUUUGUUUAUCUCUCACUGCAUUGCACUGCAUUAUAUGUUUGAAAACUACAGAGCUUUGAUCAUAAAGUAUUUAAAGGGGUCAUGAAUUGAGAAAUCAACUUUUCCUUGAGCUUUUGAUAUAUAUAUAAGAGGUCAUCAUACUAUAAAAUAUCCUGUAAGUUUCAGAACUGAAAACUUCCUUGUUAGUCCAAUAAAAGCUUUUAUUGACACCAGGCCCAGCGAAUGAAUCGUCCCGGAAUGGGCCUGUCUAUGUCAUAGAUAGGUGAAACGCCGCCUCCACAGAAGAAAUCAACACCUAUGUCAUCAUUGCAACGUUAGCCCCGCCCACUGGCGUGUUAGUGAAAUGACAAGAGAAGAGUGAUAUAGGACUAAAAAUAACAUUACCUUUCAAAGGAUCCUAAUGUUAGGAAUAUUGUUACUUAUUUUCAACAAUUUGAAUGUCUCAGUUGAGCUUUAUUUAUUUUUAUUCAGUACAUUUCACCGUGGAUUCUGUUAUUGAAACGGUGAUUAAAUUAUAUAUAGAAAGUGAUCAAAGAACGCUCCCUUUACAAUCACUAGAGCUGUCAAUCAAACAGCACAAGUUUAUCAGUGACUGAGUUCUGGACACGCACCAAAGCUCAUGUUUUAUUCAACGAAUCUUAGUUACAUCGUGUUUACACUGUUAGUGAUGAUGAAAGCAUUCGUUAGUGUGUAGAAAUUGAGUUGCAUUGACGAGAUCACUACUUUCAGGCGCUCAACAACAUGUCUGUGAUCGGCUACAAUCUUCAUAACUGCAACCUUUCAUGCCACAAUCUAAAUAUAAUGCCAUAGAUUUAAAUGUAAUUCUUUUCACGAUUAGUUAACCUUGACAGCUGUAAUAGUAAAAACAUGCUAAAAGUUUUUGAGAGAGUAAUACUAAGCUAUUUCACAUGCAAAGAUGUUAGCCAAUCACAGAAGUGGGCGUUUACACUGAAGUCUCACAGCAGACACGCCCUUAAAAUCAGGGUAGGAAAAAUGCCUUUUAUUUCUAAAUUAUAACAAUUUUUGAUGUAAAAAGCAUAUUAACAUUAUAAGUGCACCCCAGGAAACAUUAUAAAACAAUAAAACAACGCAGUUCAUGACCCCUUUAAAUGUUAUCUUACUAAGACAUAUUAUUGGCAGAUAUAGAGUGGCAACUGAUAUUUACAGUAUAUGCAUUUUAUGCAAGUAGUCUUUUAUACUGUUAUAAAGAUCUCAUUGAUUUACAUUACAAGCUAUCAGCAUUUUUAUCUUUUUUGUCCAUAUAAAUAUCAGCAACUGCACCAAACUGCAUAUUUUUGCUCAGUUCGGGCUCUGGAUAAAAUUGAGAUGUUUUUUUUCUCCUCUAGUAUGAGCUCCAUAUUCUCACUAUGUCAUACUAUAUGAGCCAUAAAAGCCUGAUGUAUCAAAUAUUAUACUAUGAUAAACAUCUAGGCCUAAUUCAUAAUUAUAAUAAUCAGACAAUGACAGAUAAAAAUAGACAAAUGAUGGAAACUUCGGUCUGUGAUGGGAAAUUGUUUGCAGCGCUACUUCUGUGUGUCCUGCACUCAAUCAUCUCUGUGGGACAAUGUGAAGCUCUGCGUGUGUCUGAAGGUCAGUGAGGGAGUUUCUCUCUCAUUGCCAAUAUGUUUGUUUGUUUUUUUUUGUUCAAGUUUAUCCUCUUAACACUGGUUCAUUUAUGCACUUAAGUUGCAGAAUACAUUUCACACUUAAGAAUAUUUGAAGCAAGCAUAUUCUUGCAGCUUAAGUUCACUAAAACAGUCAGGAAGUCAUUAACAUUUCUUUUUAUUUUUGUAAAAUGGGUGUCCUUGCACUAACAAAUUAGAGAGCAUUUCUUAUUCAGAUGUUUAUCUUUCACAAACAAUUUCUGAUUAAAGAGAAAAACGUACCGUGACAGUAUUUUUCUGUAAUGUAUGGACUAAUCAGAAGCUUGUUUGCUGCAGGUUGUUGUAAAUAUCGGAGUGAUAUUUUAGCACUUUUACAAUGCCAACACAGCUGGAUGGUGUAACACUCUGUAACACACUAUGUAGCACUCGUAUGUAAUUGUACUUCACUAAAAGUGAUUUUAACAUUGUUAUGUCUCUAUUUUCUUUUAAGGUCAGCCUGAUGUAGUUCUUACAAUCACAAUGCAUUUCAAAUGUUUUCAUGCUUAAAAGAAGGGCGAGAGUGUACUGGAGGUGUGAUAAUAUUAAUAAUGACAGUCGUUUAGGCUCUGUGUCAUUUACUUGAUGCUCCAGCAAUAAGAACAAACAUUUUCAAUAAAUUAUUUCUCAACA